AUGGCCAAGAUCGCCCCAAAGCGUGUGCACUUGGGCUCGUCCGUGCCGCCGAUUUUUGAGCUCGUCAAGAGCCCCAACAUCAGCAUCAAGCUCGGUGCCGAACGCGCGCUCUUCGCUGAGCAAGGCAAGCUCCUCGCCGAGUACGGUCGCCACGUUCCCUCCAAGCUCAAGCUCAAGCUCAACGAAGACGACAGCGACGACGAAGGCGCCAAGUAG